CUGUGCGCCUGCUGAGCGGGAGGACUGACGGAGAGCGGCAUGGCUGCAGUAAACAGCGGUGCUCUAACUAAAUUACAUUCGUUAAACGGAAUAUUCGCUAUAUAUAAGAAAACGGGACCCACGUCUGCAGAUGUGUUAAACACGCUGAAACAAAAGCUGUUAAAAGAGGCUGGUGUAGAUAAACCAAACCCCCGAAAACGGAAGAAGCAGGCUUUCAAACUGGGUCAUGGUGGGACUCUGGACAGUGCUGCUUCUGGUGUUCUGGUGGUUGGGAUUGGUGAGGGGACGAAGAUGCUCACCUCUAUGCUUUCUGGUUCAAAGAAAUACACAGCUGUCGGAGAGCUGGGCAAAGCGACUGACACCUUUGAUGCUACAGGAAGUGUUGUUCAGGAGAAAAACUACGAUCACAUAACAAGAGAAGUUUUUGAAGAGAAUCUGAAGCAGUUCACUGGUGAAAUCAUGCAGGUCCCCCCACUGUACUCCGCACUGAAAAAAGAUGGCAAGCGCCUUUCUACCCUGUUGAAGGAAGGCCAUGAAGUGGAGGCUAAGCCUGCACGUCCAGUUACAGUUUACAGCCUCUCAUUACAAGACUUUAAUCCCCCACUUUUCACUUUGGAAAUUGAGUGUGGUGGAGGCUUUUAUGUCAGAAGCCUGGUUGAUGAUCUGGGAAAAGCGCUGUCUUCCUGCGCUCAUGUGCAGGAGCUGACCCGGACAAAGCAGGGCCAGUUCACUCUAAGGGAACAUGUGUUAAGGGAGGAGCGCUGGACCUUCCAGGACAUUUCUGAGGUAUUACAGCCCUGUUUAAAGACUGCAGCUGUGCACAACAAAAGCAAAAAAAACAAAAAUCAAGACGUGGCCACCCAGCUCAGCUCUGAAUGUGCUGCUAAAGAUCUCCAUCACAGCAUACCUGAUAAUGUUGCUGAAAACCAAAAACACAGCAGUGAUUAAAGAGUACACUGUUGCUAAAAGUCUGAAAGAAUUUUUCAGUAAUUCUGAACAUUUCUGUUCAUUCUGGUGAUUUGUGACUUCAUUAUAUGCUUUAUUUAGUUCGUGACAAAUGGCAGCAAACACGUUGUCAUGUAAUCAUGCAGUGAGUAAUGGAGAGAAUCCACUUCACCACAUCAGAAAGCCUUUUUGGAUUUGCACAAGACUUCCUUAUGGUGGAAUUGUUUUAUAACAAUGUUCUGUUGGCCGCAUCCUCAUCCACUGCAUACUUGUUUUUUUUCUUGAACCUCAGCCGAUUUGUGGCGAGCUUAAACUGCUCUGUUAUUUUUAUGGCCAUGUGCCAUUUGGCAGCUUUCUGUGGUUAUGUUGUAAGAGAGGAACUGACAUACUUGCAGUUUGUUUUCACCACUUCUUGAGAAAAAUAAAGUCUGCCACAGAGGUGAUGACCUUUUAAGUUGAACCUUAUUUGCAAUUUAAAGCUGGUCCAGAUGCUAAAGGUUUAAAAUAAAAGAAAGUACUUCAGGAAAAUUAAACUGCAUUUUGUUUUGAUAUAAAAUAUUAACUAGAAAAUGCCUUUUCAAAGCUGAGAUCUGCAGUCAUAAGCAGCAGAAUUAUAGUUAUAUAAUAUGGAAAUUUGUUCAGUUAAAAAGUUGAUCUAAAUGGAAAGGCUGAUAUAUUGUUUGAUUGACUGAUGUUUCGGUUCUACAGAUAUUGGCAGGGGCACAAAUAAAACCAAUAAUGAAA